CACGGAGACAUCCCAACACAUAUAAAUUCUUCGUCUGACUAAGCUGCAGCAACGGGGAAACUUCUCCAACAGCCUGGCAAGAGGAGAGAUUUGGAUUCCCGACAGCAAACCAGCGUUAACCCUCAGCUCAGGCAUUGGCUGAACCAUGACCGAAGAGCCCGUGCGGAAGGACAGCGAGAUCAGACGCCCCAAUUCCGGCAUGGGCUGCGGACACAAGGAUGACAAAGCCAGCCUGGCUUCAAGCCAGAUAACGUCUUUCAGCCACCAGCCUCAUCAGCCCCCCUCGACUCCUGCCUCCAAGGAAGUGUGGAAAAAGGGCGGCCGCAUGUUCUCCAUCCUGCUGGCCGUGCACUUAGCCCUGCUGGCCUGCACGCUGGUGAGCAGCGGGGCUUUUGAGAAGAUCGCUGUGCACGAUUACGAUGUCUUCUUCCUGCUGACUGUCAUGAUGCUGAUAGUCAUCAUAUGGAUCAUCUUCUACCUCUUCGGCACCUCCCGGUGCCCAGGUGCCAUCCCCUGCAAAGACUCCCACGCUGGACCCAUCUGGCUGAGAGGAGGCCUGAUCCUUUUUGCCAUUUUCAGCCUUGUCAUGGAUGUGUUCAAAAUAGGAUAUUACUCGAGCUUCUACAGCUGCCUGUCUGCAAUCAAAAUAAUCUACCCCAUUGUGCAAGCAAUAUUCGUGGUCAUCCAGACAUACUUCCUGUGGAUCUCUGCCAAAGACUGUGUCCACGUACACCUGAACGUUACCAGGUGUGGCUUGAUGCUGACACUGACUACAAACUUAGCAGUGUGGAUGUCAGCAGUGACAGACGAGUCCGUCCACAAAGCACAUUCAAAGUUGAAGAAGAACGUGACAGAGGAAAUCUUCAGAUGGCUCAUGAGAGCGGGAAUGAGAAGUAGCUCAGCUGAAGAAUGCAAUUGCAACAGCCAAAUCUGCCAGAUCUUCAAGAACGGCUACUUUUGGCUGUACCCCUUUAACAUUGAGUACAGCCUCUUUGCCUCUGCCAUGGUCUAUGUCAUGUGGAAGAACGUUGGACGUUUCAUAGACCACCACUCCCACCACAUUCACCGCCUGAAAUUCAGGCUUUUCCGAAGGACCUUUUUUGUAGGCAUCGUGUUGGGCCUCAUCAUUCUGGUGAGUGGUUUGGGAGUCCUUAUUCUUUAUGAGGUGCAGGUAAAUUCCAGCACUGAGUCCAGCAAGAAGAGCCAAGCACUCACCAUGUACUACAUCUUCAACAUUGUUUGUCUGGGCCUGAUGUCUCUUGUCUGCAUUGGUGGCUCUGUCAUCUACCGGUUUGACAAGAGAGACAUGGAUCGGCACAAGAACCCAACCAGGACUUUGGAUGUGGCCCUGCUGAUGGGUGCAGCCUUGGGGCAGUAUGCUAUUUCUUACUACUCCAUUGUGGCCAUUGUAGCCAGCACACCAAGGGACGCUAUAAGCGCACUCAACCUCACCUAUGCCCUCUUAAUGAUUGCCCAGCACACCUUCCAGAACAUCUUCAUUAUUGAAGGUCUUCAUCGGCAACCUCCCAAGGAAGACCACAAGCACGAUUCUCGCCAGAAGGAUCUCUACGGACUCACCUUUGUCAACAUCAACGCAGUGUCCCUCCGUGUGCCCGACAGUGGCAGCACCUUGGCACCUAGCACUGCCUCUGGGGCUGAAGCCAUCCAUCCUUCUGACCUCGUGAGGUCCCUCACCGCCCCCAAGAAGAUGAACUGGAGGAGGAAGUUCUUAAGGGAGAUCUCCGUGUUCCUCUUGCUGAGCAACAUCAUUCUCUGGAUCAUGCCAGCGUUUGGUGCCCGGCCCCAGUUUGACAAUGAUACAGAACUGAACUUCUAUGGUGAUUCCAUGUGGCCGGCUAUCGUGGACAUUUGCCUGCCCUUUGGGAUCUUCUACCGAAUGCAUGCAGUGGCCAGUUUGCUGGAGGUCUACAUCAUGUCCUAAAGAACUUUCUCACAAAGGAAGAUGAGAUCCUCCUCAACCAACCCACCUUCUUCCCUACCCCAGGGCUGGGAGACUGCCCAGAUGUCCCGAGGGGUCCCCAGCACUGCCUGAAUCACGUCCCCUUGCAGUGUUGGGGCAUUUAUGAACUGUCAGUGAAGAUCAUCCAAACAUAGUCCAGAUUUUAUUUUUGCUACUUGUGUGUGGAUGUGCAUGUGUGUGUCUGAAGUUCUUAAAGCUUAAAA